AUCACAAAGACGGCCGGGGUCAGUAGCGAUCAAGCUAAGGUAGCUUGCAUUGAGAGUGUCGUCCACUGCCGAGUGCAAUGGCGCAAGGGCCUUCACAUAUAAACGUUGCAUGGACCAGUUUAUCGCUGAGACCAGCACAAGAGAAGGAGGAAGUGAGUCAAGUGGGACUUCAGAUAUAACUCAUGACAUGGACCAGAUUAUGGCAGAUACUAGCACAAGAGAAAGACGAACGGAGCCAAGUGCAGGGACAGGGGUGCAGGCCAGCAUAAUAGUCAUCCCUAAGGUCCGAAAGCAACUCAGUGUCAUCGACGAAAACAGCUACACACCGCACGACGUGCCGAUCGGCCCUUACCAUGACAUGUUCCCGUCCUCAGGGAUUGAAAAGGAGAAGAAGAAUUCUGUAAGUCACCUUCGGAAGCUCUCCGAGCAGCAAAGGGGAUCAGGUGGUGGUCUUGAGGAUCUAAAGGAGGAACUGGAACCCCUAGUGAGGGCUUUCUAUCCCAGCGGCUGGCGGGUGGGCCACAUGACGACGGAACAGUUGUGGACAAUGUUGCUGCAUGAUGGGUGCUACCUGCUCUGUUGCAUGGUGGACUACAAGGGUGGAAAUGAUGUCAACAAUGACACCUCGUAUGGGAUGCCUGCAUCAAGCAACAACGCAGUGGCGUCCACACCAGCGGGAAAUGAUCAAGAAAGUGGUGGAAAUAAUGUCAACAGUGGCACCACCCCUCAUGGGACGCCUACAUCAAGCAACAAUACAACGGCAUUGACACCAACAGGAAAUGAUCAAGAAACUAGUGGAAAUAAUGUCAAUAGUGGCGCCCCUCAUGGGAUGCCUGCAUCAAGCCACAACGCAGCGGUGUCCACACCAACAGGAAGUGAUCAAGAAAACAGUGGCGCCUCAGAUCAUGGGACGCCUGCAUCGAGCAACAAUACAACGGCGUCAACAGAAACAGGAAAUGAUCAAGAAACCAUUGAAAAUAAUGUUAAUAAUGGCACCCCUCAUGGUACCAACAAUGCGAUAGAGUCGUCCACGCAAACACCAAAUCGAAUAAUAACCAGCUACUGCGGCGUCCACAACAACACGGUGGUGCGCGACACCGUCUUCCUCGCUGAUAACCAGAUACCUUUCUUCGUGCUACAGAAGAUCCAUGAGCGCGUCACAGGUGAUACCACCACCAGCUCCGUCCUGAAACCCAUAGCAGGUUAUGUCCAGGAGGUGCUGCAGGCACAGCUCUACAUCAGCGAGCACCGGCGGCCGGCUCCGCCUCUGACGCCGCUGCCAUCCCACCUGCUGCACUUAUUGCACUUCUACUUGCAGCCAACUAGUCCACCUCCGGCCAUGGAAGAGAACGCUGCACGCCCUCGCACGAGUCGGUGGCGCCGCGCGACGGAGUACUGCAAGUACGGCAACGUGCGGUUCAAGCGUCGGGUCUUCAAGGACAAUGAGAAGUGGACCUUCCUCGACGUGCGCCUUCAAGGAGGCACGCUGUGGGUCCCCCGCCUGCGGGUUGAUGGCAUGACGUGGACGGUCCUGCGAAACCUGAUGGCGUUGGAGGAGCUGACACCCAAUAAGCCCGUCACGGCGUACUGUGUCUUCAUGUCGCAGGUGGCGUGCAAGGUGGAGGACGUCGAGUUCCUACAGGACCAAAAGAUCCUGGAACAGUUCCUGGUGAACGACGAGGAGGUCGCUCAAGGCUUCGCCAACCUAUGCAAAGGGGUGGUCUUGGACAUCGACAACGACGAUAGGAACUACCUCAAGCCAUAUUGGCACGAGCUGGAAACCCUCUGCAAUUACCCGCGCAACUUCAUGGGGUCCUUCUACCAUAAGUACUGCAGGGAUCCGGUAUACCUCGCCGCGUUCAUCAUCGCCGGCUUCCUCUUCUUAUUUGAACUUGCGCAAGUGAUCCUGCCACUCCCCGUGGUACAAAAGCACUUGCAGUAGAAUAAUUCACGCUGUCAUUAUGUUGACGAACCUUUUCAGUCAUAGUGUGUUAAGUAGUGGACCAAAGUUAUCGUUUGUAUCAAAUAAUGCAUUGCGAUCCAUUUAUAUAUGCAAUGCACACCCAAAACUCAUUUCCGUU